AUAUAAGGCAUUCCAAUGACCUGUCAAAUAUGGCGGCUGUAGGCCAAUGUUUAUAAACAUUGUUUUGUUGUCAUUGAGUUUUCAUAUUGUUCUGUUAUAAGUUGAUCUUAAAGUUGUGAGAUUUUUGUUUUCGUGACUGCAUCAAAUGAUUUUUAUAUUGUUUAGAGCUUAUUAGUGGUAUUCUCACGAAAAAAUGCCUUUGACAUGCCUUGUAGUUGAUUGUAGAAGUCGUUUCAACAGGGAUGAUGUAAAAUUCUUUUCAGUGCCUGCGGUUUUAAGCCACAGGUUUCUUACGGAUAAAAACGAAUUGUCUGAAAGGCGUAGGGCACUAUGGAUAGCAGCAAUUAAGAGGGACGAUCUUACUGAAUCGAAACUAAAGAAUCAGAGAGUCUGCAGUAAACAUUUUUAACUUUCUGAAUUGCCUCUAGGAAAACCUGCUGCUUUGGAAGAUGAAAAUCAUCCGGAUUGGGUUCCAUCACAGAAAAUGGGGCACAAAUCUCAUAGGAAACAGGCUGAUGUUGAGAGGAAAGGAAGAUUUGAUAAACAGAGGAAAUUGAGCAUUGAACACGCAGAUAUUGAUGUCGAACUUAAUUCAGAGGCCCCAGACCAUGGUAGUAACUUCGAUACUGGGGUUGCAUCUCAGACGGACAUUACUAUGGAAGAAUUAACUUUAAAAUUCGACCAAUUGAGUUUUGCCUCAAAAACGAUAGAAAGACUUGAAAAAAAAAUUGACACAUCGCCAUUUGGUCUCAGAGACGAUCCUAGUAAUGAUAUCAAAUGGAUUUACUAUACAGGUUUUUCGUAUACUUUUGUAGAAGGUAUAUUAUAUAAGAUUAUAGAAGAUGAUAUUCCCACAACUCUAAUUAAGUUAAGAUUAAAUUUACAUUUUCGAGACUUAGCCUUUCAUUUUAAAAUUUUCCGAUCAACUGCUUCAACAUAUUUUGAAAAGGUCAUAGAUAUUCUCCAUAAAACAUUACAGCAGUUAAUAAUAUGGCCUGAGCGUUCAGUGGCCUCCAAAAAUAUACCAUCUUGUUUCCAAGAAGCAUUUCAAGAUAAAACAACCAUCAUUUUAGAUUGUUUUAAAGUUUUUAUUGAAAAACCCGCGUCUUUAAAAACACAGAUGCAAUGCUGGUCACAUUAUAAACACCACAACACUGUGAAAUUUUUAAUAGGAAUUACACCACAAGGUGCAGUAAGCUAUAUUAGUAAGGCAUGGGGUGGGCGUACCUCAGACAAACAAAUUGUUGAGAACAGUGGUUUUUUAAAUCAUAUCCCUGGGAUAUUGUUUUAGCUGAUAGGGGUUUCUUAAUAAAAGAAACUUUAGGAGUUUUACAAAGUAAAUUGGUUAUCCCUGCCUUCACGAAGGGUAAAAAGCAGUUACAUCCUCUGGAUAUUGAGACUACAAGACAUAUAGCUCAUGUAAGAAUACAUGUGGAAAGAAGAA